CCGUCCCCACCCCGUUGGGGCAGGGAUGGGGCAUGUCUCCUAUUUGACCCGCCCCACUGACAUCCCUACCCAUAUCCUUGGACAGCACAUAAUUUUAGGCAAAAGAAUAAAAUAGUGCAUGGGUGGGUAUGGUUAGGAAUAAAAUAUUUGAAAAAAUAAGAGAGAAAUAUAAAUGGGGACCACUAGGAUUAAUGUGAGAAGAAAAUAAUAUAAAAUGGUAGUGGGGUAAAAAGGAAGAGAAAUAAAAAAUAUAUAGUGUGAGUAGGGUUUUUACUUACUAACAAGACACUAAAAAACAGUUGUUUCUUAUUUGUGAGAAGUGAGACACUUAAAAAACCCGGAGGGAGUACUCCAUAUCUCAAUAAAAGCUGAAUCAUUGCAGAUCUGAUGAUGAGAAGAUAAAACAGAACAACGACACAACUCCCGACCCAAAUUCUGAUUGUUUUCUUGGUUGUAGCAUAAAUUUUGAAGUAAUAGGCGCCAACACAAACACAAACACAAACCAAUUCAAAAUAAAAAAUCCUUUAUUUCCAGCCAAAAUAGCAGUAGCCACAAAAACACUCGUCCUUUGUCCUUUCUAACUCAUCUUCCUUAUCCUCCUACCCAUCAUUUUCUUCUUUGGGUCCUCAUUCCUUUUGUGGUUCUUCAUUUUCGAUUUAUCAUAAAUUAUUCUAACCCACAAUUAUCUCAUUCCUUAAUUUACAUUUAUGUAAUAUAAUUGAUUAUCAAUGGAUAAAUUUAUAAGAAACCCAUUAUAAUAUUCCUGUCCAAUGUAGAGAGAUUAAUUGUUUUUCUAACACAAUGGCAAAGAUUUCGCAAAGAGAAAAGAUUUUAUUAGGAUAUGGUUCUUCUAAUUCAAAUUCUAUGUCAAACUCUUCUAGUAGAAGAAACUCUGAAGUUGAUUUUAGUGAUGUUUUUGGUGGGCCACCAAGGUGUUCUACUCAAGAAUAUUACCAAUAUGAAGAUGAUGAUAGUAUUAAUUGUAUUGAUGAUGAUAAUGAUAUUGAUAAUGAUAAUGAUAAUGAUAAUAAUUCGGGUGAUGGGUCUCGGGUUUCGUUGUUCGGGUUGGAGAAACCUGUGUUUGGAGAACAAGUUGGGGGUCGGAGGAGGCACACAAGUGAGGAUUUUUAUGGAGAUAUAUUUGGUGGUGAUCAACCAUUGUUGAGCUGUUCUUUAUCAACAAGUGUGCCUAUGCCUGGUAGAAACCCGUUUUCGUCGGCCCCGGGUUCGAGGAAUAUGAGCCCUUCCCGGCAAAUGUAUCCUGCAGCUGAGCCCUCUGCAGCUCCCUCUAAGUCCAGCUUACCAGGAAGAACGAUGAGCCCAGAUACUUUGACAUCUACCUCAUUGAACCAAAGCUCGAAAUUGUCUGGGCGUUCAUUUUCCAGAUUUAACCAAACCAGCCAGAAUCAUUCUGCUUUGCAUGAUGAUACUCCCUCGUCUUAUCAACCUAGCACUUUGUCACGUGAGGUUUCUAUUGAUGGUAAAGAGUCGACAAGUGACAGAAAUUUAGAUGGAGCAGAUUAUGAAGGCGAGUUUAUAAUAAAUUCAAAAGAUUCAGAAGUUCAUAAUAAAAACAUCCAGUUUCAUUUUUCAAUGUAUAAAUGGCCUAGCAAAGGAGUUCCAAUUGUUAUGUCUUCUAGGAAAAGAAGCACUUCAAGAUCAAAAGAAAGAAUAAAAAGUACUGAGAGAUACUUGAGCACUAGUGAAGGGAUUAGCAGUGCUUACCUGGUUAUGGAAACGCAUAAAGGAGAUGUAACUGUUAAUGAGUCUCUAUCCUCCAGUAAACGCCGGGUGCCAUCAACUUCACAAAGAGAGCGUGACCUCAAAAAUGAAGACACAAACGUACGUGUCAUGAGUGUAGAAUGCAACUCUGAUAAUGAAGUUGGAGAAGCUCCUUCCGAUGGACUAGAGGGUACAGAAAAAGUGUCUCAUCUUUCACAGAAAAGUUCAGAAGCAGUAGCAGAUGAUUUUUCACAGAAAAAAUCCUUAAAGAAGACAAAAUCAAACAUGAAAUCUCUAGGUUCCCUGUUUGGAGAAGAGAAAAAAGGGAAAAAAAAGGCAACUACUGAAAAGGGAGGGAAGAAAAACAAGGUCAAUGAAACAAAAAAACCAUCUAUGAAUGAUAGCCUCUCGAGUAAUAUUAACAAAGGAAAGGUACAUUCGUUGAACACUGGAGAAAGAGAAACAGAUGAUAUCUCAAGUUACAUUGUUAAUAAUAGUAAGGUUCAUAAGUCGUCCACUGGAGAAAAAGUGAAUGAUGAUAUCUCAAGUAACAAUGUAAACAAAAGUAAGGUGCAUAUGUCCACAGGAGCAAAAGAUGAUAUUUGUAAAGGCGAUGGUUCUGGAAAAGUUAAAGAUUUUGUCAAGAUAUUCAAUCAGGAUACUACUUCAACAACAAAGAGUAAUGUUGUGGGUAAAAGUCGUAGUUGGAGAUGGAGGAGCACAACCAACUUCGAAGCAGAGAAGGAAGUUGACAUCCUUCCAGCCAAAAACCAUGAUGACAUGCAUGCUUCCUAUGUCAACUUGGAAAAAACUUGGUCAGAGACCAUUGAAGUGAUUGAUGAAGAUUCUUUUUUAUCAGAAGAACAAGUAUUCAUGGUCGAUGGUAACGAUAGAGUUGCUGAUACUACUACCUCAGCAUCAAAUAAUGAACCAAAUAUUGAUGGCAUUGGAGUUUCUGCUACGAAAAACGAAACUAACUCUGUUGAUGACAUCCUGGAUAGUGGAAUGAUACAAGACAUUGAUACGCAAAUAGCAACUGAAUCACAGGAGGAAACUAAGAGUUAUGAACGUAAAGUACGCCAGUGGUCUAAAGGAAAGGAAGGAAACAUACGCGCUUUGCUUUCAACAAUGCAAUAUGUUCUUUGGUCUAAUAGUGGAUGGAAGCCAAUUCCACUAGUUGAUAUAAUAGAAGCAAAUGCAGUGAAAAAAGCAUAUCAAAGAGCUCUAUUGUGUUUGCACCCUGAUAAAUUGCAACAGAAAGGGGCAGCUCCAUAUCAGAAGUUAAUUGCUGAAAAAGUUUUUGAUAUCUUACAGGAGUCUUGGGAUCAAUUUAACGCCAUUGGACUUCUUUCUUGACAGUUCAUGUUAAAUCAUAGCAUAAAUUGAUUAAUUCAUCGACUGUUUUUGUUGAGGGAUGUAUUAUAAUAGCAAUUAGUAACAGAUGAUUGUACAGACGACUUUUUCUUUGUUCAUAUAUUGUAUCUUUAUUUCUUUUUC